GCCUAAAAACCCUUCCUCUCUCUCUCUGCUUCACAAACAAAUUUAUAAAUACAUAUUUCUCCGCCGGAAAUUUUACUCUCCCAUCGCCGCCCAGCCGAUUCUUACUCCGCCGCCGCCGCCUCCGGUGAUCCCUUCGAUUUCUCAGCGCGUCGUUUCGAUCUGAAAUUGCUAAGAGAUCGAAGUAAUUCACGAUUUAUUACAGAGAAAAGGAUCUUUCUUUUUGAGCAGUAGCUGUUAUUCCUGGGGUACAUGAAUGCACCAAGGCUGUCAAAUGUGGUUUAGUUAUGUGAAAAAUUGUGUCAAUGUGGUCUAAUUUGGAUAGUUUGGAUGGAUGUAUAUGAAUCAGAGCAAGUAUUGCGGAAGCAUAAGUCAGUGGAGACCCCAAGACCACCGUUGGUUCCGGCUGAAAAGAAUAAUGGAGUCACCAGCCGCCGUCCUCGGACAAGGGAAGUUAGUUCUAGGUACAAGUCACCUUCUCCGGCAGCGAGUGCCCGGCGUUGCCCUUCUCCAAGCCUCACAAGAUCAUUGUCUGCAUCCCCUACAACCCCCAAAUUGGUACCAAAGAGAUCCCAAUCUGUAGAGAGGAAGCGGCCCUCAACACCCCCUUCCCCACCAUCUACAUCAAGGCCGUCCACACCAGUCCAUGAUUCAGCUGUAGAAAUACAAUUGUCAUCCAGAAAGAUAGGAAAUGGUCGAUCUCUGGAGAGUUUAUGGCCUUCCACAAUGCGUAGUUUGAGUGUUUCAUUUCAAUCUGAUACCAUAUCAAUUCCUAUCAGUAAGAAGGAAAAACCGGUUCCUAAUGCUCCUUCAGACCGCACUUUGCGGCCAUCAUCAAAUGUGGCACAUAAGCAGGUUGAAACACCUACCCUUCCACGAAAGCCUACUCCAGAGAGGAAGAGGAGUCCUCUUAAAGGAAAGAAUGCACCUGAUCAGUCAGAGAACUCUAGACCAGUUGAUGGUUUAAAUACUCGACUGAUAGAUCAGCAUCGAUGGCCAAGUAGACCGGCUGGGAAUGCAUUGACUAAAAGUAUUGAUCUCAGUGACAGGAUGGUCAGGGCUUUUAGUAGUCCAGUUCCUUCCUUGAGGAGAAUGCCUGUAUCUGAUGCAAUGGGUAAACCAUUACAGAAGUCUUCUAGUGAUGCUGAAAGGCAAUUAUCACUUGAUGUAAGUGGUAGAGUAGGAAAUGUGGAUAAUUCAAUUGACGAUAAUCCAGUACAGGUACUUGGUACUCGCAAGUUUGUUUCUACAAGUAGAACACCGUUAAUAAUACCUCCAUCUAGAUCUCAGUCUUUACCUUCUCCUGGGUCACGGCUAUCAUCACCUAGUAAGACCUUAGCAUUGUCAUCCGCUUCUAGUAGAGGUGUUAGUCCUUCUCGGAUGAGACCUUCAACUCCUCCUCCUCGAGGGGUUAGUCCAUCUCGGGUUCGGCCAUCCCAUUCCUUCGCUCAAUCCAACAGUACAACUUCUGUACUUAGUUUCAUUGCAGAUGUUAAGAAAGGAAAAAAGGGUGCAAGCUACAUAGAAGAUGCUCAUCAUCUGCGGCUGCUAUACAAUAGAUUUUUGCAGUGGCGCUUUGCAAAUGCCCGGGCAGAGGCUGUACUUUACAUUCAGAAAGUAACAGCAGAGAGAACUUUAUUUAACGUUUGGAAUGCUACACUGGAUCUGUGGGAUUCGGUAAUCAGGAAGAGGAUCAAUCUUCAACAGCUGACACUAGAGCUUAAGCUGAACUCAAUUUUGAAUAAUCAAAUGGUCUAUUUUGAUGAUUGGGCUUUACUUGAAAGAGAUCAUAUUGAGUCUUUAUCUGGGGCUGUGGAAGAUUUAGAGGCAAGCACUAUUCGUCUUCCGGUAACUGCAGGAGCCCGGGCAGAUAUUGAAUCUUUAAAGGCUGCUAUUUGCUCGGCUGUUGAUGUGAUGCAGGCUAUGGGAUCCUCUAUAUGCUCUUUGCUCUCAGGGGUGGAGGGUAUGACUAGUCUGGUUUCCGAACUUGCAGUCGUAGCAGCACAGGAGAAAGCCAUGCUUGACGAAUGUGAAGCGCUCUUGGCUUCCACAACGGCUAUGCAGGUAGAGGAACACAGCCUUAGGACACAUCUCAUACAAAGGAAACAAGCUUUGGAGAAGGGUGAAUAGCCAAUCUUGGCAAUCAGGACAACUCCAUGACCCAGACCCGCUGCUAAGCUAACACAACUCACCGCAUUGUCACUUCAGCAGAUACAAAUUGUCUGCUCGGUUUAUUGUGAAUGUAAAUUGAUUUUUUAGUUUUUUUUUUUUUUUUCUCUUAUAUUAAUCUUUGGUGAGAAUUUUAUCAUGUUUUAUCUCUUUUAUUUUUCUUCUUUCCUCGACAAAAGAGCUAUUGGUUCCAUCCUUCCACUUGUAAUUUUUGUAUCAUGAAAAUGAAAGAGAAUGCAGAGGAAGCAAAAGAGAGGGAAAUUCACUGUUAGAAGUUAUAGGGGGAAAAGUAGAAAAGAAUUUGUUGUAGAAGCACAUAUUUUCUUGUGUAUUCAUUUAUACCGGUUUACAUAUUUCAGAUAUAGAUUAGUGUUCUCUACCAUCAUGUACAACAUUAACAACAGAUAGUUGCAUAUCUCACUAUCUCAGUAUUCAUGAACUGCAAAAUGGGUAUCAUGAUGGAAUAGAAAAGAAAUGUGGUUUCUGAUUC